GGCAUGGGAAUCAUCUACCAUUUCCAAUCGGUUCACAAAAUUUUCUUCCCUCUAACAAUUAAUCCCACACUUCUACCUCCAGUUCAGAGGAAUUGCCUUCAAGUAUUUACAACAUUUGGAGGUCUAUCCUGAGAGCAGCUCCUUAAUCCAUUUGACCUUAAUCGUUUCUUCAGGUACACAAAAGCUAAUUGAUAAGUUGCAAUGGCAAUAAUCAAUGUCAAUUCAAACAACGAAGAAAUUCCUUACACAUGAAGCAGACAGUACACUCAAAACGGAGCGACAGAGGCUUUAUCUGGCUGCACUGACAGGUGACUGGAAAUCUAUUGAGGGCAUGCAACGCAUUCAAAGGCGUAUUGGUAUGAAAGGAGAAACCACUCUUCAUAUUGCUGCUGCAGCAAACCAGGAAGAGUUUGUGAAAAAAUUGUUGGCGUGGAUGGGAGACAACAACCGAAUAAUAACAGCUGAAAAUGUGACUCUAACAUCUGGAAACAAAAUUGGAACCACUGCCUUGAACUUCGCUGCUGCAGUUGGAAAUGUGAAAAUUGCUAAGGCGAUGCUGGAUAUAGAUAUUGGAGACCUGCCAAACAUAGCUACUAAAGUAAAUAAGCCAGUGAAACCCCUCCUUAUGGCUGCUUCACUAGGGCACAGUAAAAUGGUGGAGCUUCUUUAUCGUAAGACUAUGAUGGAUGGAAAUGAAGAGGGUGAAAUAUUUAUUGCUUGUAUUAAGAAUGACUUAUUUGGAGAAGCCUUGAAAAUGAUGGAUGCCAACAAUAGGUUAGCUAGAGUAGAAAACAACGGAGAGACUGCAUUGCAUGUUUUAGCUCGCAAGCCUCGCGCAUUUGCUAUUGAAAGUCAGCCGGGAGUUUUAACACGACACAUCAAUAAUAUUCCAUGGUUGAAGUUCAAACAGGAAAACUCGAAGCAGUCAGCAGCCAAUGAACUGCUUACAAAAUGUCUUGAGGCUUAUAAAUGGGAUGUUGAGCAUUUAAUUGAGACCCCAGAGAUUCCGCAAGCUCUAUUUGAGGCAGCAAGUGUAGACAACAAUGAAAUUGUGGUCAAGCUAAUUCGUUUUAACCUAGAUAUAUUAUUGACAACAGAUAAAGAUAAAAGCAUAUUUCAUAUUGCUGUUGAGAAGCGCAAUGAAAGCAUCUUCAAUUUACUUAAGGAGUUAGGCUCAUUGGGAGAUAUAAUAGUACAGAAAAGAACUGAAAAUGGAAACAACAUAUUGCAUUUAGCUGCAGAAUUGGCACCUCAAGAGAAGCUCAAUGCUAUAUCAGGAGCAGCUCUUCAAAUGCAACGAGAACUAUUAUGGUUCAAGGAGGUGGAAAAGUUUGUAAGUCCUGACUACAAAGAAAUGAAAAAUAAGAAGGGGGACACACCGGAUGUUUUAUUUGCGAAAAAACAUGAGAAGUUAAGGAGGGACGGAGAGAAGUGGAUGAGAGACACAGCUAAUUAUUCAAUGGUGGUUGCUGCACUAAUUGGCUCUAUAAUGUUUACUGGCCAAGUAGCUGAUGGAUUAAACAAAAAACCUCAUCUUUUUCUGGCUUUCUCAGUUUCAACUGCAAUAUCAUUAUUUGGCUCAUCAACAUCCCUAAUAAUGUUCUUAUCCAUCCUUACCUCGCGUUAUUCAUUCAAGGACUUCCAUGUAUCGUUACCUGUUAGGUUGAUGAUUGGAGUCACUUCACUUUACAUCUCAAUUGUCGCCAUGAUGGUUUCAUUUGCUACGUCCUUUUGGUUGAAAAAUUAUAAUCAACGGGAUGUGAUCUUUGUUGUCAUUGUUUUAUGUGCUUGUGUGCCAAUCAUGGACGUGUUGCUGAAGUACCGCCUAGUUUUUGAUAUAUUCCAAUCUACCUUCUUUCGGUUUCGGCCACAGCGCCGUCUACUUCAGGAUGAGAUUUCUAAUGCACCGGUGCGUAGAUCCCAGUCCCACGCGCCUGCGGAUCACGCAAGUGUCUGAAUCCAACACCCACCGCAAAAAGCUGGCGUAUAAAAUAAUGGAAGUUACUUUACUAGCAAUGGCCAGUCUAGUAGUGCGACUAGUCAAUCUUUCUGUUGCUUUCCUUUCUACGUGUGCCUAAAAUGAGUAUGAAUAAAUAUGUACUAUAACACUGGAUGUUAUUAAACGCAUCUUAUCUUUUGCA